CUCGUGUCACUCUCGCCACGUCUGCUCUGUGCACAUUCAUUCAUUUCACUUCCCAAACAAACACCCAAAGAAAAAAAAUAAAUAACAAAUGAAGAAGUAAACCAAAAUAAUCCCUCUCCUUCUCCACUCCUUCCCUCUGUUCUCCCCCUUUACCCUGCCGGUUCUUCUUCCUCUUCUCUUCAAGGGUCGCGCCGGCGGGCAAUAAAUCGAAUAACCAUCCCGGGAAUUGCAGAGAAAGAUUUGCUUGCUUCUUUCCAGUUUUCCGAGCAGCAGAGCUAGGCGGAGGUUGGUAAAGAAUGCCGUUGACGAGGUACCAGAUAAGGAACGAGUAUGGUUUGGCCGAUCCGGAGUUGUACAAAGCUGCCGACAGAGAUGAUCCCGAGGCUCUAUUGGAGGGCGUCGCCAUGGCUGGCCUCGUUGGUGUAUUGCGGCAGCUCGGUGACCUUGCUGAGUUUGCCGCUGAGAUAUUUCAUCACUUGCAUGAAGAAGUAAUGACAACCGCCGCAAGAGGUCACAGUCUAAUGGCUCGUGUUCAACAGCUCGAGGCAGAAGUUCCUUCAGUUGAGAAGGCAUUUCUGUCUCAAACUGACCACUCGUCGUUCUAUGCAAAUGGAGCAGGUGUCGAUUGGCAUCCUAAUCUGCACAUGGAACAAAAUCUGAUUACUCAAGGAGACUUGCCCCGCUUUGUAAUGGAUUCUUAUGAGGAAUGCAGGGGUCCUCCAAGGCUAUUUUUAUUGGACAAAUUCGAUGUUGCAGGGGCAGGUGCAUGUUUGAAGCGUUACACUGAUCCCUCAAUCUUUAAAAUUGACGCAAUAUCAUCUACUACAAUGGAAAUGCAGAGAGAGAAGAAAGCUCGAAAAGUGAAGAAGAAAGGGCGGUGGAGGAAUGGAGAAACUCCCGAAGUUACACCAACAUCACAUGCCAAAUUACAUCAGCUGUUCCUGGAAGAGCGUGUUGCAAAUGGACAUUCUGAUCCAGCUCGUGUAGUAAACUUGAAAAGAAGGCAGUUAACUGGAUCUCCAUUAGAUAUGAAAUCCGGGAAAAGCUACAUGCAGAAAUUCCUGGACACUCUUUCACCAGAUAACAAAGCAGUGUAUGAAGAUUCUGUUAAUCCACCACUCUCGACUUUAACACAGGAUGGCUACAAAGGAUCGGGACUUGAGAUUGUGGAGAUUACAGCUGUUAGUCCUGUGAAGCAGUCAUCUCCAGAUAAGGGAAGCAUACGUUUCUCACCGGAGGCCCAGGUUGAUCUACUACAACAUGAUGAGUUGAAUGGGGAGGAUACUGAUAAACAGGUGGUGAAGGUCUCUGAUACCGUCACUGAUUGUGAAACCGACGAAUCAUCUCCUUCUUCUGUUCACAAGAUGCCAAUUGGAGAGGAAUUAGCUAUUUAUGCAGGCGGUAGGAGAAGUGAUAGUUCUGAAGGGGACCAAUCUGACGAUAUGAUCAGUGAGGUAGAAAACUACCUGGAUGCUCUCACAACCAUGGAGUCAGAAAUCGAGACCGAUACUGAAUACAAAUCUAAGAAAGAUGGCGUCUUAAAGUUUGUGAGACGUGAGGCGGAAUCUGAUACAAAUGAGGAAAGACGGCAUGGCAUUCAAGUGAAGUUUCUGAAUUCUCAGUCGUUUGGAAAUUCCUCAGCGUCUGACGAUGGAAACAGUUCAAUAUACAAAGGAGGGUCUAGUAUUUCAGUAUCCGACUCCCUGAGCCAUGCGGCUGAGAAUGUACAAUCUGAUGGGGAAGGGCCGUCGAAAGUUUGCCGUUCUAGGGAAGAUAGUAUCGCGGAGACUUCCACGUUGCAGUCAGACUCUUCCUCUCCUCAUAUAGUGCCUUGCACAAUUCAAGAAUCCCAAGAGCUUGAGGUCUCGACUGAUAUGUGUUCUGAGGAAGAGAAAAUCGACAAGUUAGUGCCAACUUUUUCUGUUGCAAAUCCUUUCACGGAGUCUGUAGGAGAAGAUUCAGGUAAAAGAACACAGGUAGAUGGAGUUGCUACUCCUGGGUUAGAACUUGAAACCAUCGGAAAUCUAGAGAUUUCUUCUGUGGGUUCAUCUGAAAUCCCAUGGCAUACGAAGCAGGUUGCUCCUUCGAUAGGUCCUUCUGAAGGUUAUGCUGCUGGAAAUGUGAUCCCUCAUCAGUUGCCAUCUGAACUUGAUAACAUGGUUGAAGAAGCAAUAAAAGUCAACAAUGUCAACGAUGCACUCAUAAAGGCCACCUUACUAUCUGGUACGCAGUCCGCUCAAGCAGGCCUUCCAAAUGGUGAGCUGGAAACGAAAAAUCUUAAAGAAGAUAUUUCUGUUGUUUCAGACAAGGAGGAAAUGUCAAGUGAAGUUAAUGCAGGUGGCAUUGUUGCAGAAGAUUCUUAUGAAUGUAUUGAUGAAUCUGGUCUACGGGAUCUGACUGACUUGAACAGCACUCUAACCGAGGCUGAUCAGCCAAAUGAUAUAUUUGCUAGUGAUGUGCAUGGAGACGACACUCUUUGUACAUUGUCAAAUGUGAUUGGUUCUCCAUCAAGCCAUCCAUCAUCUGAUGACCAACAUCAGACACCAGUGGACCUUCAUCAGGAUAUUUCCUCAGAUACUGAACCGGAGACGCAAAAUGAAGUCAUUACGAAAGAUAAAGAAUUUAGUCAAGGUGAAUCCAUCUUCGCUUACCCAUCUGAAGCAGAUGCAAUGGCUCGUGUUUAUUAUGCAGACCCUGUUGGAAAACAAGCGAGUUUUGGUGUAGGUGAUGCGAGUAGAGAAGUUGUUUCAGGAGUAAAUCACAGUGUGGUGGAAUUGCAAGCUCUCUAUACUUCAAAAGAGGCAUCUGAAGGUGAUAGUUGUUUCCAUGUAAAUGGUCUCCCUGAGCCGGGAAUUCCUUCUGAGCAGGCAUGGGAUUUGCAUCCUGAUCAAACUGAUGAGAGUUGUCCAGAACAAGAUAAGGCAGGAGGCUCUACCUCAUCAAAUCUUCAAUUCAAAGACGUGCAUACUUUGCCUCCUGGACUGGGCACUCUCUCCACUGGUAAAGAAGUGAAUGUAGAUGAGGCUCCCCCUUUGCCACCUUUACCUCCUAUGCAAUGGAGAAUGGGAAAGUUUCAGCCUGCUUCACCUUCUUCGCAGACUGCAUGGUUUGGCCACUUUAAUAAUCUACCAAUGCAACCUUUUGCAGCUGAAGAGCACACCGAGCCUUCAGGCCCAUUCCCAACUAACAUUAUUGAAGAUGGUCAGACGGCUGCUUGCUUACCCAUGGAUGAUUCAAUGCGGAAUUCCUUGCAGCAGCUAAAUCACUCAUCAUUUGAAUUGGCAUCAGUUGCUAAUGCUGCAAAUAUUGAACAACAUUCAUAUCAGCCUUCACACACAUUCCCAAGCAACAUUAUUGAGGAUAGUCAGAUGGUUCCCUGUUCACCUAUGGAUGAUUCAAUAGAGGAUACCUUGAAGCAGCCAAAUUCCUUGUCAGCUGAAUUGUCAUCAGUUGCUAAUGCUGCGAAUCUGAAACAGGAAUCACACCCAUUGGAAGAACUGGAUCCUUCAAACCCAUUUGUUACCUCGGAAGAAAUAUCAAAUGAGGGACCUGAGCUCAGUGACCUUCCAUCAGGAGAAUCGAAGCACUAUAGUCCAGAGUCCUUCCAAUCUGCACCAUCCAUGGCCAAUACACCUCCAGAAGCUGAUCCUGUGUCCUCUUCUCAGGAGCAUGGAGAAGGUAGCUUCAAUGGAUUAGUAGCCGAACCAGGUCUAGUAAACCCAGAAAGGGAAUCGUUGGAGGAGGCUCCUGAGGAAUCUGUACCACCAGAAUCUGUGGCAAAGGAGCAACUAGAGCAAAAAAUGGUUACAUCUUAUGGAGGAGGAACAUCGUGGCCUCCAACAACAUUAGCCCUUCCACCAUCCUAUGAAGUCGGAAAGGCAGCAAACGGCAGCAAGCUUCCUCGCCCUAGGAAUCCUCUUAUUGAUGCUGUUGCUGCAAUUGAUAAAAGCAAGUUGAGGAAGGCAGCUGAAAGAGUUCAGCCACAGGUUAGCGCAAAUGCAGAAGAAAGGGAUUCACUACUGGAACAGAUCCGGACAAAGUCGUUUAACUUGAAGCCCACGGCAGUGAGUAGGCCUAGUAUGCGUCCUAGCAUGCCCGGAAUUCAUGGUCCCAAAACCAAUUUGAGAGUUGCUGCUAUCUUGGAGAAAGCAAAUGCUAUCCGCCAGGCAUUUGCUGGGAGCGAUGAAGACGAUGAUGAUAGCUGGAGUGAUUCUUGAGCAUGACUUGCUGAACAAGUUACCAUACCAUGGUGGUUGUUUCUGUGAUAUUAGUAACUGUAAAAAGCAAUAUCAGGCUCUCCGGUACAAGUAAAUAUAUCUCGUUCGUUGUAAUGCCUCGGCUUGAGUUUGGGUUUGCCCACUAGUUUAGCUGUAUUCAUUUUGGCGAGGAUGGUUCUCCAGGCACAGCAUUCUCUAUACAAAGACUACUGUGGAACAGCGUGCAAGCGCUCCCCACCAAUCAAAUGGUACUCCCAUAUAUAAUUGUAUCAAAUAUAUCCUGACGGUGUAAAUAGCAUUGCAAUUUGCAUAGAGGCUUUUUUGUGUGUAUUUUCAUAAAUUUCUGGCUUAGUUACCCCUCUGUAUCUAGUCGUUAAGUUGAUGUUUAAACCAAAGUCUGUCAUUUCGGAUGUUUUGUUUUGGGCGUAUGGAGCACACAGACCUUAAAGAUAUAUACAAUACUGUAAGUAAAAGGAUGAUGCGUUGGCUGCUGUAACUAUGCAGUAAAUGGACUCUUGCCUUCUCGUCUGUCUUUUCUUUAUGCUGUUAUGCAGUCCAAAUCAGAUAGCGAGCUUUGAUUUGAUAACAAACUGGAUGGUGGCAAACCCAAUUCUUGGGAUUUAUCAUAAUAAUUAUUAUUACUAUAA